UCAUCCUCAGAUCCCACCAUGCAAGCCCUUUUCCCAUCCCAAGUUUUUUUUAUAGAUCACAACCUUUGCGUGGGAACUGGUGUACGCACGUUUCCAUACCACGCUUUAUAAAUGAGACCCCAGAUCAUCAAACUCAAGAAAACAUCUAAGAUAAUAAAUGCAACACAAACAUGUAUUAUCACGUAAAGUUUUGUUUACUGGGUCUGUGAUGAAUGUAAAAUAAAGUGAUGAGCAAAUGUAAAGGGGUUAGAUGGUUAUCAUGAUUCUUGUUACAAUAUUAUACCACAGGGCUGUUUAAUGCUUCAUUCUCAUUGGUUGAGAAACCCUCUAUAGGUGUGCAUUAUCGUUCAGUCAGUGUUAUGAAGUAGUUCCAGGACUGCUGACCGGUUUACAGUUCCAUAUCAUUACGCCAAGUUUAAAUGAAUAAUGGAUUUAAUUACUUUCAACAAUUUAAGCAUAAAUAUACUAGUCAACAUUUGAAGCGGAUAAAAACCUUUCCUAAAAGUUUUCUUAAAACCAAUACCCAGUACCCGUUCUUGUCUUAGGACAACUUUGAUGAAUGUUUUUGAUCCACUUUAAAUGUUGACUAGUAUAUGUGUGGUAGUUUAAGAAACUUUAUACCAUGGUCUGUUUAAAUACUCGAUUCUGAUUGGCUGGAAGGUGUGCAUUAAAACCGUUUAACGCACAGGUAGUUCCAGUCAGUUUGAUUAAAGUUAGAAAUUAAUCCACUACUAUAAACAUUGGUAACCAUAGUAACACAGUUACACUUGCAGAGAGAGCGAGAGAGAGAUUUCCAACUGUUUGAUUUUUGUUUUCAUUUAAUUUAAUCCAUUUCAAUAAAUGUAAUGUGUCCUUAUAUAGUAAUCGUGGUUAGAGACGUUGGUUUUAUUUCACACUUUACAUAAUUCAUUUAAAUAAAUGAUUAGUUCAAAUAAAGAUUGCCUUGUCACUGUCAGUGUUGGCUGUCAUUCAUAAAUUAUUUAAUGAAUUUAAAUAAAUAUGAUAAUUCAUUUAAAUAAAUGCAAUACAAUGGCACUAUAUAUAUAUAUAAAGCGGACGGAGUGCGAGCCUUAACUUAAGAAGAUGACCGUCAUUUUUUACCUGUCGGUUAAAAUUACACUGUAAACAUUAAUUACAGCUUUAACUUGGCAAAUAACCAAGGUAUAAGCGGGAUAAUCCACGGCUAGCCAUGCAUUAAAGGGUUUUAAUGCACUUCGCAGAGGCAACCACCCUCCGCUACGCGUCGGGUGGUUCUUCGCCUCUACGUCGUGCAUUAAAACCCUUUAAUGCAUGGCUGGCCGUGGAUUAUCCCUUACUUAGAGAAGAAUUAAAAAAAUGAAUAUAGUAAAUAAACACUGAUUACCUGCUUGUUCAGUUGUGUGCUUCAUUACUGAUAAUAUAGUAACUAAAACAAAUUAAUACAUGGUCUAAAUGCUGAAGAAAAAAUACUGUAUUAAUAUUGAUAGGCCUUCUUGUUCCCAUUGUUCCCAUUACAGCAAACACUUUACAUCAAAAGCAACAUUUGCAGGUGAGUAUUACAGUGUCUCUCUCUCUCUAUUCCUCCCUCCCUUUCGCUUUCAAAUGAGGUUUUGGAAUUAGUAAUAGAGGCUUUAGAUGAGACGCAUAAGAAAAUUGUCCUACUCACAAUAGCUUUUUAAGGAUAUAACCUGCCAAAUGUCUCGAAAUAAAAAAUCUGAACAAUGUCUCAUGAUGUAGUAACCGUGGUAUAAGCCAGUGGUUCUCAACCUUUUUCACUUCAAGGCCCCCUAGUUGCCCACAACAAUAUUUGAAGGCCCCCAACUCACUAAUUCUUUCCAAAUAAUAUUAACUAGAGCUUGGAAUGACCUGACAGAUGUAUAUUCGCUAUUAAAAUCGCCAAAAAAUAAGAAACAUCUUGAUUUUAGCUUAUUUUAAUACUUGUUUUGUCCAUUUUUUUUAUAAUUUUAAGCCCCGCCUGGAAAUCUGCUGAGACUGGCCCCAGCCCCCUGGUUGGGAAACACUGGUAUAAGUGGAAUAGUUGACUCCUCCAAUCCAUUGAAUUAUUCUUAAAAUAAUUAUUUUUAAAAAUAAUUUAGGUGUUACUUCACGUCAUGUGGCCAUUUAGAUGUGCAUUACUUUGAAUAAAUUAACGCUGUUAUCAAUUAUUCCUUAUAUAAAUAAAAUACUAAAAGGAAAAGGAUGUCACUUUAUGCAGUAUUAUAACUUUCUUUUAUUUACAGCUUUCAGGUAAGAACUAUUUAUUUUAUAAAUGUGAUUGUGUGAACUUUAUCAUUAAACUGAACAAUUAAUUCACUAAUUACUGAAGUACAUUAUUAUAUUGAAUUCAGUCAGAAGUAAAGAAAUGUUUAGUUUAUUUUCUAUUAAACACACCAAUCAAACAUAUUUUUUAUGUAUGCAAAGGGGAAAAAAUCUGAAGUUUGCACAAAGCACGAGAAAUCAGAGCCGGAAGCGUGUGUAGUUUCAAGCGGAGUUGAAGGGGCGUGCAACGGAAGUGACGACACCAAACAAAGAAAUAGUUGCGUGUUUGUACAGAUGCGCGUAGAGCAAUAAAACUUCAGAAACUGCGUGUUAGAUGGCAAAUGUGAAGCGGAUUUAUUUAUACACGCCACGGAUCAUUUAAAUGAAUUUACACGUUAAUGUUUUAGAAAUGAUGCGAAUCUCCGUUAAAAAACUAUUCGCUGUGUGCCUAUGCGCGUGCGCGUGCCUGCUUAUAACCAUGACUUUACAGUUUAUAGAGGAGUUUGGGCAGACUGUAGAGACACGGCUCACCAAGAGAGGAACAUUUAUAACCCAUCAUGGAUCAGAUGUUCAGGAUCCCAUCAUUGUAUGGUGGUCUCCACUGACCGGAGAACAGGGACGACUGGCAGAUUGUGGCCAUAACAGAUGUUUCUUUACUGUAAACAAAUCUUAUCAUUCUCAUCCACUGACACAAGCUUAUCUUUUUUAUGGUACAGAUUUCAGCUUUGAAAGUCUUCCUCUUCCGAGAAGCGAUCACCAUAAUUGGGCUCUGUUUCAUGAGGAGUCACCCAAGAACAACUACAAACUCUUUCACGAGCCGCUCAUCACCCUGUUCAACCACACGGCGACGUUCAGCCGUCAUUCUCAUCUUCCUCUCACCACACAACAUCUGGAGAACCUCAGCGUUCUCACUUCACAUACGCAUCUGAUUCCUCUGUCCUUCAAAAACCACCUGAGAGAAACCCUCGCACCCGUGGUGUACGUUCAGUCUGACUGCGACCCGCCAUCCGAUCGAGACGUUUACGUUCAGGAACUGAUGAAGCACAUUCGAGUGGACUCCUACGGAGAAUGUCUUCAUAAUAAAGACCUACCGGCCCAUCUGAGAGACUCCACUGCCAUGGACCAUCAGGAUUUCUAUCAGUUGCUCUCUCAGUAUAAAUUCAUCCUGGCCUUUGAGAACGCCGUCUGUGAGGACUACAUCACUGAGAAACUGUGGAGACCUCUGAAGAUCGGGGUCGUGCCGGUGUACUAUGGAGCGCCGAACGUUCACACGUGGCUGCCGGACAAGAGAAGCGCGAUUGUGGUGAACCCAGAGGAGCCGCCAGAGAAACUGGCUCAAUAUUUGAAGAGACUGGACAGGAAUGAUUGGGAAUAUUCACAAUACCUGGAGUGGAAACUCAAGCGGGAGAUCUCGAAUGUGAAUCUGAUAAAACAUCUGAGGGAACGUCAGUGGGGCGUUCAUGACAUCACCCAGGAGAACUUCAUUGAUGUGUUUGAGUGUCUGGUGUGUGACAGAGUCUGGGAGAACAUCAACAGACAGAAACGGAAACUGCCAGCUAAAGUCUGGCGAGCUGAGGCGACUCAUUUAAAGUGUCCAUCUCCAAAACUCUUCAACUUUAUUGUUAGUCCCUCGAACAGUUCACAUCUGAGGAGGAUCUGGAGAGACGCUUAUAAACAAUCUGAACGAGAAGCCAUCGCUUUGAGACGACUGAUUAACAGAAACACAAACUUUACUGUUACACAGUUCUGGAGAGAGGUCUUCAUCAGAUGACACAAACAACAGGAUAUACUUUAAAGGGCCAAUAUUAUGAACUUUUUUACAAGAUGUUAUAUAAGUCUCAAGUGUUCCUAAAAUGUGUCUGAAGUUUAAGCUCAAAAUACCUCACAGAUCAUUUGUUUUAGCAUGUCCAAAAUGCAGCAUUAAUGCUACAAUGUGCUAACAAACUCAUUAAAAAAAGCUUUCGGAUAAAAUAAGCCAGUCAGUCAGUGGCUGUGGGCGGGGCUUUAUCAGUGUGAUGUCACAUUAAAAAGAGAAUCAGAACAGCAUGUCUAAUGAGACCGUUGUGGUUUCAUGGAGAUUUAAAAUGAAGGAGAAGGUGAAUUAUUUUUAUUGUAAGGUUGUUGUUUUCAUACACUGGCAACACAUAUUUAUGUUUGAUUUUGCAUAAUAUGUGAAAAUUGGGGUGGUUUUCCGGACAGGGAUUAUUUUAGGCCAAGACUAGGCCUUAGUUUAAUUAGGAAAUAUAACUAGUUUUAACAAACAUGCCUUACUAAAAACAUUACUUGUUUGCAUUUUGAGGCAGAACAAAGGGCACUGAUGUAUUUUAAGAUAUGUAAGUGCAAGUUGUUUUCAGCUUGGACAGCUCUUACAUUUAUUUUAGUCUAGGUAUAAUCCCUGUCCGGGAAACUGUGUUUGUGAAAACCACAGCAGAUGAAGAACCUGAGGAUUUUUAUAGACUUUCAUACAUGAUGUUUAACACACAUAUUUUUGAUGAAAUAUUUGAGGAAAAGUGCAAUGUUUAUUCCUUUACAAUAUGUGUUAUGAAUAAAUUUCAGUGCAUACAUUAUUAUGACUUAUAUUAAUAGUCCUUUUGAAUUUUCUUUAACAUAAAAUGCACUUUUUGUACUAUAUGGUCUUUGUAUGGCUGUGUGGGCAAAACAUUAAAUAUUUUAUAUGAUUUCAUUAAAAUAUUUAAUUGCCACUGUCCCAUGAGAAGGACACCUAAGUAUACUUCAAUAUUUUUCAUGUAAAUGAUAAUUUAUCAUGACAAACUGUAUAUUGUUGGAAAGGUCUAAGAAUGUAGUUUUCAUAUUUUAAAACUUUUUAGCAGUAGCAAUAAUAAUGCAGUACUUGAAUUUAUUCAUUUGUGACAAGAGUAUGCAGCAAACCAACACAAACCUCAGUUUUUUGAUAAUUUUAUGUAUUAAAAAUAAUACUAUAUUGCAUUUUUUAUUUAUUACAAAUAAAUGGAAACUGCUAUAUGAAAAUAUAUAUUUUCACCUCCAGACACUUCCGUCAAAAACGUUAAAGUGUCUUCUUUUAAAAAAAGACCAAAAUUAGGCUUCUAGACCAAAAAAAUCCCAGCGUUAUAUUCAUUUGAAGGUGUACAUCUUUUCACCCCCCUCCCCACUCAAAAAGGGCUGCGCCAGUUAAAGGGUUAAGGUUUCCCCCAUUAAUUGUGUUAUCUGGUUUUUAUCCGUUUUAUAUUGAGCUCCAUUGUCUCUUGUUUGUUUUUGAAUACGUCAUGUUUUAAGUAGAUCAGAUAUUACUUUCAUUUCUGUCUGAACUGUCAAAGCUAAAAUAGAUUAAUCUUAAACCCGCCAGUAGUCAACGAUAUUGACUCGUUGCAGGACAUUGAAAUGUUUUUUUUUCUUGUUCAUUACAGGAUUUUAAGAACUUCAGUGUUCUCACUGAUCAGUUUUGUAUGAGUAAUUCUGUAACUUCACCACUAGAUGGAGACAGUGAUUCAUGAUGUAUGAACAAUAGAUGCAAAAGAUCAACUUUAGUCCCGCUGAUCUCAGUUCAUGGAGAUCUCACUUAAUCCUUAAAUGCCAUAGACACAGCUCUGUAACAUUAAUGAAUGUAUUUUCCAAAUUCACUUAUCCUUUACAAGGACAGGGGAGGGUUGGAGCCUAUCCCAAGAUCUUGGCCCACAGCCAGGGUACACUGUCUAUAGAUGAUCAGUCCAUCGCAGGGCACUUACAGGACAAGGACAGUUUAGCAACUCCAAUUUACUUCAUACAAGUUUGCCUUAAAUUAAUUAUGAAAGAUAUGAUAGAUGAUAAAAAGAUUUAUUUGUUUUUUUCUCUUGUUAAAUUGUUGAUAAGACAUAGUUUGAGGAAUACUUAAAAGCUGGAGGUCUAACUUUAAAAAUGAACGAGCAGGAGGUUGAAUGAGACUCGAUGUAUGCAUAUGAGGACAAACUGAGCUGAUGAUCAGAGACUGGUGUGUUAAAUAAGAGAGACAUACAAAAUGUAUAAAGCAUUGGAUCUGCUCAAUGCAGGACCGUAGUUGAUAAGCACUAUAGUUUAAUAAAUGCUUGUGUACAUCUACAGUAAUGUUUGACUGUUUCACGAUCUUUCUAUCUGUCUGUACAUGAUUAAAUAUAAACAAAUAAUGUUCAACUCUUGAAAUACUGGUUGUCAAUCAGUCAGUAAAUGCAGUAUUCAGUUAAAAAUAAUUUGUUUUCAUUAGAUAUUAUUAUAGUGGGUGUGGUCAAGCAUCUGACUCAUCUAAACAAACACAUUGAAAAUCCCCUGGCAA